GAGACAGGAAGUGGCUUUUGCGCAGGUGCAUUUGGAGCCGUGGGGGAAAGUGGCGCUGGUCCUAAGAAGACCGGGAUUUACUGGUCGUGUCCUUGGAGAUACUGUGUCCACCCUGCGCUCCCUGCAUUGUCUGACAUGGCCUUGGCGGCCAUGCAGUCAGCCUUCUACAGAACUGUGCUGGCACAUGCAGCCACCUUCCACCGGCACAUUAUGCUGCAGAAAGGAUCUCCUCUAGGUUGUGUUUGUCAUAAAUCAACAUAUUCACCUCUUCCAGAUGACUACAAUUGCAAGGUGGAACUUGCUUUAUCAUCAGAUGGCAGAACGAUAAUCUGUUACCAUCCUGCUGUGGACAUUCCUUAUGAGCAUACCAAACCUAUAAUUCGACCAGAUCCUGUGGAUAACCAAGAAGAAACACAUGAUCAAAUGCUGAAAUCCAGAUUAAAAGCCUGUGGAAAUACUACUGAGCAAGGACCCAUGAUAGAAGAGCUUAGCAAACUGUUCUUCACUACUAAGCACCGCUGGUAUCCACGUGGACAGUAUCAUCAACGGCGAAGGAAACUCAAUCCUCCGAAAGAGAGAUGAUUUUGAGAUAUAUUGGCAUCAUUUAUGGUCAAAGGGAAAAUGUCAUCUUUUGUUUAUUUUGUUACUUGAAGAAAUGAAAUAAGGAAUAUUUCCUGAUGUUAUAUGGUGAAAUUUUAAUAAUUUCCCCCCUAGAUUUAUGAUUCGAUAUAUACAUUUUAAAUCACUUUUAUAUAAAAAGUUUCCAACAUUUUAAAAAGAAUUUUGAGUCUCAAAUUCUCUCCCUCCUUCUCUUUCUCUCCUCCCUGCUGCAUUGGUAAGCAGUAAAAUUAUAUUUUUGUUAUAUCAAAUAAUGUCCUGACUUGGCAUUCUUAUUUAAAGAUAUCUGAUUGUUAUAUUGAGAUGACAAAAAAGCUUAGUUAAUUCCCUCCUGCCAAGUUCUGUUGCAUUUUAAAAGAUAACAAAACUCAGACCUAUCAUGGUAAUGGUUUAAAGAUGGAGAAAAAGAAUUCAUAAAUGGUGAAUGGCUGUCUUUUAUCAAAAGAUCUUUAUCUUGCCUUUGAAAAUAACUCAUAAUGUGGAGCAGGAAAGUCACAAAUCAAUUUUCCUAUUCAUUUAAGUACUGAAAAGGUGAUUGUUUGCUUUCCUCUAAAGAAAAAGGUAACGGCUGAAAUAGUUUUUUUUUUUUCCUAGAAAGGGAUUUAACUUGUUACAUAACUGAAGUUAUGGUUCCCCACGCUCCCUUCCAUCAUAGAAUUUUGCCGGCUUAAGGGAAUGUAUAGAGAAUCAUUGUGUUGUCUGUAACUCUAUGGUUAGAGCAUAACUGUUUUCACUGCCUUUUUUAUGAAAAUGUAAAAUUACAUCCCCAUUUGUCUUCACUGGUCAGGAAGAGUCUGUUCACAUAUACUCCUUCCAGCAUUUCUGUUGGGAAGAUAACCAAUCUUUCAAAGAGACAGAAUAUUUCUAUAUACAUAUAUUUUUAAACCCUUAACUUCCAUCUUAGAAUCAAUAUUGUGUAUUGGCUCCAAGGCAGAAGAAUGGUAAGGGCUAGGCAAUGGGGAUUAAGUGACUUGCCCAGGGUCACAUAGGUAGGAAGUAGCUGAGGCUGGAUUUGAACCUAGGACUUCCUAUCUCUAGGCCUGGCUCUCAAACCACAGAGCCACCCAGCUGCCCCCAACAUUUCCAUAUUUAUAGUCUUUGAAGACUUAAAAAAAAAACUAACACAAAAAGUUUAUUUUUUUAAUUUGGAAAAUUUGAUACCACAGUGUAUCAGUCUCUGUGUACAAUGUUCUCCUGGUUCUGCUCCUUUCUCUUGUGGCAGGUAUAUUUAGAACUAGAUGGGAGCAGUAACUAUUGCAACAGUACUUUAAUUGGUUUUAGUAAGAGAGCGGUAGCCAUUGGUAGGCUUGUACAUCCCAACAGUUAAUAAAUAUUUGGUGAGUUAAAGUCAGGAAGAGUGUUUGGAGAACAAAGGAAAUGAUGUGCUGCUGUAGUUGGUUACCAGUAAAACUCAAAAAAUAAUUGGUAAUAAAACUGUGUAUACCCUUUGAUCCUGUAAUACCACCACUAGGUCUAUAUCUCAGAGGUAUCAUAAAAAAGAGGAAAUUAUCUACUUGUACAAAAAUAUUUAUAGUUGUGCUUUUUGUGGUGGCAAAGAAUUGGAAAUUGAAGGGAUGUCCUGAUAUCAAUUGGAGAAUGGCUGAACAAAUUGUGGUAUACGUGGGUGAUGGAAUACUUAUGUAUAAGGAAUGGUGAACAGGAUGAUUUCAGAAAAAGCUGGAAAGAUCUACACGAACUGAUGCAGAGUGAAAUAGGCAGAACCAGAGGAACAUUGCACACAGAAACAGCAAUAUUGUAUGAUGACGAACAGUGAAAGACAGCUACUCUCAGCAAUACAAUGAUGAAGGACAAUUCUGAAGGAAUUAUGCCAAAGAAUGCUCUCCACCUCCAGAAAAAUAACUGUUGCAAUCAGAAUGCAAAUCAAAGCAUAUGAUUUUUCAGUUUAGUUUGUUUUAUUUUUGGAUGUAGGUUUUAUAUGAAUAUUAUCUUAGAACAGUGACCAAUGUGGAAGUGUAUUUUGCAUGAUAAUCCAGUUAUAACCCAGGUCAAAUUGCUUACCAUCUCUAGGCGAGAGGGAGGGAAGAAAGGGAGGGAAACAAUUUGGAAUUUCGGAAAACAUGUUGAAAAUUAUCAAAUGUAAUUGGGAAAAUAAAUUUCUUUAAAAAAAUAGUUGGUUGAUUUUUUUCCUAUGAGGUCAACAAAUAUAUCUAUAUCUAUUUUAAACCAAAGGAGAAAGCUAGUGAUUUUUCCAGUUUCCAAAACAAAAAUUUUUUAACCCUUACCUUCCAUCUUAGAAUCAAUACUGUGUAUUGGUUCCAAGGCAGAAGAGUGGUAAGAGCUAGGCAAUGGGGGUCAAGUGACUUGCCCAGGGUCACCCAGCUAGAAAGUGUCUGAGAUCAGAUUUGAACUCAGGACCUCCUGUCUCUGGACCUGGCUCUCCAUCCGCUGAGCUACCCAGCUGCCCCCCAAAACAAAAAGACCUGAGUCAUUUGAAAUCUAGGAGGAAGACCCAAGUAAGUCACAAUUUCUUUGGUUUCUUUCACCUUAGCAUAUGGGACUAAUAGUUGCCCAGACUUGUAAACUCCUGUGUAAACUUGGAAAUCCCUGUAGAAAAAAAUGAAUUAUUUGUGUGAUUUCGUCAAACACAGUUACUAUGCAUACUUGAAAAUCUGAUUUCUUUUUUGGCUCUGAAAUUAUCGGAAUAGACCACAAGUAAACCAUGGUGGGCACAGACUAACAUGGUUUCUCUUUGAAGGAGAAUUACAAGAUGAGUUGAAAAUUAUUAAGGCACUGCCUUUCAUUCCUUUAUAAAAUAAUAUUUAUUUUUUCUCAAUUACACAUAAGAUUUCCUUCCCACUCUAACCUCCCACCUCACUACUCUCCCCAAGAUGGUGAACAUCUGAUGUAGGUUUUGCAUAUGCAAGUAUGUGAAACAGUUUUUCACAUCAGUCAUUUAGUGGAAGGGAUCUCAAACAACAACAAUAACAACAAAAAGAAAAUGAAAUACAGGAUGUUUUGGUCUGCGUUUUGUCUCCCAUCAGUUCUUUUGCUGCCUUUCAUUCUUAAAAACAAUGUCAGUUGAACCACCAGAGGGCAGCCUCAUCUAGUAAGUGUUCAGUAUCUCCUGCCGUGGAACCCCCAAAUAAGUCACUUUAAAUAGCAAUCAAUUGAUGGUGAAUAGUUGGAUAUUAUUCACUUGAGAUUAAAUAAUCAUUGUUGGGGAGGACCAUGGAGCAAACAUAAUAGGGUCCUGGUAAAUAUUCUUUGACUAGAAGUGCCCAACAUUCGAAUAUGGGAAGAUUUAACAAUUUGUUUUCAGAUAGAUUCUGGGAAUUAAAUCACAGAGUCUGAGAGAUGGAAAGUAUCUAUUCAAUCUAACCAAUACCUAAAAGGGAUAUCCACUCUACAAUUUCUGGCAUGAUCGAAGUCAUAGAUUUAGAUCUGCAAAGGAAACCUAAAGAGGCCGGCAGCUUUAUUCCCAUCAUCUUACAGGUGAGGAAACUGAAGUCAAGAGAAGAUAAGAGACUUGUUUGGGAUCAUAUAGCCAGUUAGUGUCUGAAGCAGCUUUUGAGCUCAGGCCUUUUAUAAGCCAAGCCUACCCUCCUACCUACUUGUUUAAUGAUUGCCCAAAUUGGAGAACCCUCCACUACUGGAGUCAACUCAUCCUACUUCUGGACUGUUCUAACUAUUAGGCUACUUUUCCUGACAUUAAGGGUAAAUUUGCCUCAUUGAAACUAUCAUCCAUGGCUCCUGGGCCAAACAAAAGUCUUAAUUCCUUUUCCAUAUGAAAAUCCCUCCCUACUUGAAGACAGCUCCCAUGGUCCUUCUGAAUCUUCUGUUUUUCAAGCUAAAUAUCCUUAGUUCCUUCAACAGAUCCUCUUAAGUCUAAUCUCAAGGUCAUUCUUUCUGAUUCUCCUCCAUUUAUUUAUUCCUUCCUUCAUCUAUGGCACCUAGAAUUGAAUCAUCUCAGCUUACCACCUUGCAGAUAGACACUGAGAGCAAGAGAAAUGAAAUGACCUACAAACAAAAUGAGGAUCAAAUCUCAAGGAAAAGCCCGUCCAACUAUAUAUAGACAGAAGCCUUUUCUUUUUCUAUUUGUAAGAUUUGUUGCCAGAAAUGCUUGAUUAUAUAUUUGAGGAGACAAGAGGAUGAUGCAAAAAUUAAGAUUUCUGAAAAUCUGAGAGUUGGCGUACAAAUUCUAAGGUAGUGUUAGGAUUAUUUUUAGUGCAUUGACUUAAAAUCUAAAUAAGUGGUUGCCAUGGGAAAUUCCCAAAUAUGAAAAAUACCCAAGUCAGCUGAGGAUUUAUGGAGAUUUUAAUUAAUAUAAAUGAAGGAAUUAAGGGAAGAAGAGAGAGAGAGAGAGAGAGAGAAUUAAUCUAAACUGCUCUGGCUCAGGCUGAAUCAAGCAGUAGUUAAAGGCCUUGGCCAAAGUGGCCUCCCUGAGCCUAAGGGAAAGAGGAGUCAGUCUUAUUCCUCACCAUGAGACUGUCUCCAAGCUGGGUUCCAGUCCUCCACUCAACUCAAUUUCCUGAACUCAGUUCAGAAUCUAACUCAAUUCUGAACUCUGAACUGCCUUCUGAACUGUUCCUUAGCCCCCUUUAAAGAGAAUUUUCUCUUAUGUCACCUCCCCUAAAUUUUCACAUCUACCUAUCACAGUAGACACUUUUUUCUAGGACUGCCCAUUCUUAGUUCUCACCUUCUUUGGUUCUCACUUUCUCUGUUUAGAUUAUAUCUUCUGAGUACUUCACACCUCUUUGUUAAGCUUGCCUUUUGUAAGUUACUUAACCUUUUUGUGAUUAAUUUAACCUUUACAGGUAUUUAACACCUUUUUGUAUUAGAUUUAAAAAUAGACCUAUCUUAAGGUUCUAGCUUCACUAUAAGGUAUGAGUUAGGGACUUUUAUUGUUCAAUCAGGAGUUUACAACUUUAUCUUCCCCUAAAGAAUGUCUAAUCAGGGUGGAGUAAUUUUAAAAGUUCCCAAUACAUUCCCGAUUCUUGUUAGACCAAGUAUCUCCAUUGUUACAAUAAGGAAAUAGCUAAAAUCAAAUCUUCUGAAGUACAGUCUGAGUAGUUUUUUUUUUUUAACCCUUACCUUCCAUCUUAGAGUCAAUACUGUGUAUUGGCUCCAAGGCAGAAGAGUGGUAAGGGCUAGGCAAUGGGGGUCAAGUGACUUGCCCAAGGUCACACAGCUGGGAAGUGUCUGAGACCAGAUUUGAACCUAAGCCUUCCGUCUCUAGGCCUGACUCUCAAUCCACUGAGCUACCCAGCUGCCCCCAGACUGAGUAGUUUUUAAGAUUCACAGUAGUUAUAGCAUUGACCUCUAGAAGCAAGGCUGCAGGAUCCUUGCUUAGUUCUAUAGCUAAGACCUAGAUUCCAUGCAUGUUGCAACAAUAAUCCCCCAAAUGCUUAUUUUUAAAAUGAUAAAAGGGGUGAACAAGAUGGAAAUUUGAAGUGGAGAAGUGGUAUAGAAUAAGGAAGGAAAAUUUUAUUAGGAUUUUUUGUUUGUAUUUUACUAAUCUCGCUUCAUGGAAAGCCUUAUCCCUUGCCAUCCAUGAAGAUUUUCCACAUCAUAAAUCUUAAGUUUAUUUCCAGUUUUUUAUUUUUUACUUUGUCACCAUGGGAAUAAGAACAAUAAAUUUAUUCAUUAUGUCUGAUUUUAAAUUAUUCAGAAAUCUUGGCCAUAUCUCUCUUAGUUGGGUAAAUAUUCAUAGUCUUAGAUUAAUAUUGAUUAACUGCCUACAGGGUAUAUGCAUGGGCUCAUACGAGGCAUGAUAAAGCACUCAAUUUAGAAAUAAAAUAUUUUAUUCUGACAAGUUUUACAUAAUGAUAUGCUUUUGCCCAUAUAUUUUAUUGUCGUAAAUUUGCAAUGAGUGCCGUGUCAAGAAUGUGGCUGAUUAACCUGCUUCCAAUGAAUGGGAAAAUGCUGUACUUUGAGAAAUUAACAAUCCAGGAAUGUUGAGAGAACUCUGGGGAUCAAAGCGUUUUAAAUGACCAUCUAAAAAACUUGUUUAAAUUUUGGUUCAAAUGUCAUUUAUAAAUGUAAUGUGUUGUGAUAAAACAGAAAAGCUUUUUAAGAAA